UCGAAGUGAGACCUCCUCUUCUCUGUCGUCACCUCCUUCCCGGAAACGACAAACCCACAACAACAACAUCACGGAGCUGAAGAAGCAGCAGACGGUUACCGGAGCUUUUACAGACGUUUCACAGCGCGGAGCUGUUUGUCCCCGUGUCCUCUGACAUCCAGAGACGAUGGCGGAGCAGAACACGGAGGCGAAGCUGAAGAAGCUGCUGAAGCAGGAGAAGAUCCAGCUGUGGAACCCCCCGUACACCGACGAGGACAACCAGCCGGGACAGCCGCACAUACAGGAGCUGGCGGAGCGCUACGCCCCCCAGCUGGGUCUGUCGGUGACGGAGGUGGGGGGCGCUCUGGAGUCCAUCAGAGCUCAGACGGUGAAGAGAGGGAAAGGAAACAAGACGUACAGAGAGACCAACGUGGCCACGCUGGAGCUGCUGCUGCCCAGAGACAGCAGGAAGGUAGACGCACAGGAUCCAAAGUCGAAGAAGAGCUUCCUGGAGACGAGGCUGGACGUGUCGGUUCAGGAGGUGGUGGACAGGAUCGGAGACGAGUACGGCCUCAGGUACAUCAAACUGAUCCUGAACGGGAAAACUCUGUCUGUAGACCAGCGUCUGGACGAGCAGGGCGUGAAGAACCACAGUAAGGUGAUGGUGCUGAAGGUGAGCGACGCCGAGCUGAAGCAGCAGAUGAGCGAGGAGGAGCAGAAGAAGAAGGAGCAGAACGAGAGUCUCCAGAGGACCCAGAAAGGUUUCCAGAUCCUGUCAGAGAGAGACGGCAGCGAGGACCCUGACACCACGCCGUUCCUGGAGAUCGCAGACCAGAAGGGAAACCCUCUGAAGAUCCCCCACCAGGAGAGGAAGGCUCUGAUCCUGGCCAUGGGUUUCCAUGAGAAAGGUCGCUCUCUGAUGAAGAGGAAGCAGUACGACAACGCUCUGUGUCACCUGCUGCAGGCCGACCAGCAGUUCAGUAAGUGCGACUCGGCGCUGCUCAGCUCGGUGGAUAACUACGCCGUCCUGCAGCUGGACAUCGUGUGGUGUUACCGAGCUCUGGAGGCUCUGUCGUGUCUGGACGACGGCCGGAGUCGGCUGCAGAGAGCCGAGGACUGCUUCCUGCAGUGUUACGGAGAACAGCAGCAGAGGCUGCUCAUGAUCAAGGGUAACACAGGCAGAGAGGAGGUGUUGUUCCUGCGGCUCUACCUCCUGCAGAGUCUCCUCUCCUUCCUCGAGGGAAACGACUCUCAGGCCCGGCAGCAGCUGUCCAAGGUGGAGUCUCUGUACAGCCGUCUGUGUCUGGACUCAGAGAAAAUGGCUCAGCUGAUGACUCUGGGUUUCACUGAAAGAGAGGCCCGGCUCGGACUCAGAGCCUGUCAGGGAGACCUGCAGGAGGCCGCCUUCCACAUCAGCAGCCGCAGACAGGAGAGAGAGGAGCUGAAGCAGAGGGAGAGGCAGAAGAGGAGGAGGAGGAUGGAGGACAUCACCGUCCUCACAGAGCUGGGAUUCUCCAGGAGAGACGCCGCCAGAGCUCUGCACCGCGCUGACGGAGACGUCAACAGAGCCUGCCAGAUCCUCCAGGACUCCAGUCAGGCUGCUCAGGCCACCAACAACAACACAGAGGGAGGGUGGAGUCCAGAGAAGGUGGAGCAGUUGUUGUACCUGGGUUUCGAGCGCGAGGCGUCUGAGGAGGCUCUCCGACUGACGGGUGGAGACGUCCAGUCGGCCACUCAGCUGCUGCUGGACAACCAGGGCGUCCUGUCCCCGCCCUCCACCUCCACCUCCACCCCCACCUCCUCCUCCACCUCCCCCUCCUCAGAGGAGCCCACCACCUCCUCCAACUCCACAGGUGAGACAGAGGACGAGGAGCUGGUGAGCGAGGUGCUGGAGGACAUCUCUCACCACGAGGAGGAUUAUCUCGACCUGACGCUGGAGGAGGAGAGCGAGCUCAUCGACACCAUCAAGACCUACCUGAGCCGAGGGUCCACACACACCGUGUGACGCACACACACACACACACUUCACCUGUCCUCUGUUGUUCAGUCUUUGAGGUGCAGGCUCAGUAAAGUGCCAAAGCAGAGAGGACUUCCCCUCAGAGUCAGGUUUCCUCUUCAUCACCGUCCUCACACAGAAACACGAGUGGAAAACGUCUAAUUAUUCUUUUCAGAUUUUUAUCAGCGGAGAUAAAACUUUACUUUGAAAACGUGUCUAAAAGUGAAGCUGCUCACUUUUCAUUUCUGAUACUGACAAGUUGAUUUAGGUUCAAAAGGUUUUAAACAUGAAAAAUGUUCCGUUUGAGAAAAGCAGCUCACUCAUGUACGGAGGCUUUAAGAUGCAAAACUAACGCAGAAUUUAAUUUGUAAUCAUUUAAAUUUCUCUAAAUGAAAUCAUCAGUUGGAGGCCUCAGCUCUCUUCAGGUUUGACUGUUUGAUUGAUGAACCAAAGGAAGCUGCUGCUUUAAACCGAGUUGUUCUGACCACAGUCGUCCUGUGUUGUGUUUGUGAGCAGCAGCUAAACGUUGGUCUGGAGUCGAGUUUCCAUGUGUCUCAUGUUGAUGGAGCCAAUAAAGAAAAUGAAGGUU